AUGGCAAAAUCUCCAGAACAGGAACACCCAGUGAAGGCCUUUGGAUGGGCAGCCAGAGAUCAAUCUGGUGCCCUCUCUCCUUUCAAUUUCUCCAGAAGAGCAACUAGUGAUAAGGACGUAACGUUUAAGGUGUUGUAUUGUGGGAUUUGUCACUCUGACCUUCACUGCAUCAAGAACGAAUGGGGCGGGUCCCACUAUCCUCUAGUCCCCGGGCAUGAGAUUGUGGGUGUUGUGACAGAGGUGGGUAGCAAGGUCCAAAAAUUCAAGGUGGGAGACAGAGUGGGGGUGGGAUGCCUAGUCGGAGCGUGUCACUCAUGCCAAAACUGCACCGAGCAUCUAGAGAAUUACUGUCCUGAGGCCAUAGCCACCUACAAUCACACCUUCUACGACGGAACCACCACCUACGGAGGUUACUCUGACAUCAUGGUGGCGGAUGAGCACUUUGUGGUUCUGAUGCCAGACAACAUGCCACUUGAUGCUGGGGCUCCUCUUCUAUGCGCUGGGAUCACAGUGUAUAGCCCCAUGAAGCAUUUUGGGAUAGACAAGCCUGGUAUGCAUGUUGGUGUGGUUGGUCUAGGUGGUUUAGGCCAUGUUGCUGUCAAGUUUGCAAAAGCUUUUGGGGUUAAGGUCACUGUCAUCAGUACAUCCCCUGCCAAGAAGGAUGAAGCCCUCACACAUCUUGGUGCUGAUUCAUUUUUGAUCAGUCACCACCAAGAUCAAAUGCAGGGUGCUAUGGGCACAAUGGAUGGUAUCAUUGACACAGUCUCUGCAGUGCAUCCUAUCCAACCAUUAAUUGGUUUGUUGAGGUCUCAUGGAAAGCUUGUCAUUGUUGGUGCACCGGAGAGGCCACUCGAGCUACCAGUGAUGCCUUUGCUUAUGGGUAGGAAGAUUGUGGGUGGGAGUUGCAUUGGGGGCAUGAAGGAGACUCAAGAGAUGAUUGAUUUUGCAGCCAUACACGGCAUAACAUCGGACAUUGAGGUUGUUUCCAUGGACUAUGCGAACACUGCCAUGGAUCGUCUAGCCAGAGGCGAUGUUAGAUAUCGAUUUGUCAUUGACGUUGGAAACACAUUGAAAUUUGCCUAAUAUAUUCUUGGCCUUUUUUCCUGAAUUAUUAUGGGUUCAGUCCUUGUGAGAUUAUGUCAUGGUCGGAUUGAUGGAUUGAUGUCCAUUGGUUGGUUCCUUUGUAUUAUGUACUUGUCUUCUGCAUCUUUUCCACAGUAUAAAGAUCAACAUUGUGUUUGAUCUGAUUCUGAAUAAGUUAAAAGAGA